GUUUGGUGAGAGUCGGACCACCGCACAUGAGCUGAGGGCCAUCUUCCCUCUCCCUCUCCUCUGCUCUCGUUCCUCUCUCUCCUUUAGUUCCAUUCUCCCUCUCUCCGUUAAGAAGGAGAGAGCGUACUGUACUGACUAUAGAGAUACCAUCAUCAUGAUGCUUGAUUUCAGUAUUUGAAGAUAAGUCCCUCUGUAUCAUUCAUUAGAGGCUCUCUAUUAUUAAUAUUUUAUAAUAAUCCUUCAAGUCACAUACGUUGACCUCAUCUCUCAACAAUACUUGUUUAAAACUUAUCGUCUGAUCAAUUUCCUGGUCUUAUCAAAUCUCUCCCACUCUUUCUCUCUUUCUCUACAAAACUCUACUUUUAUUUAGUUCAAUUUUAAAACUUUCACACUACAUUCAUCUCCCCGAUUCACUCCCUCUCUCUCCCUCUCUUCACUUAAUUCAUAGACAUUCUCCCUCCCCUUCUCUCUCUCUCAUUACAAUCCUAACACUAUGCAAGCUCCUAACUGGACAGAUUUCCUCCAUUGCUCUGUCUGUACAGUCAAGUACAAUACAACCACUGCAGUACCAGUCAGUCUCAACUGCUCUCACUCAAUGUGUAAGAGAUGUCUCUCUCGUCUACAAACGAAACAAUGUCCGUAUGACAAGUUACCGAUACCUUCUAAUCUUGACAAGUAUCCUCCUAAUACAGCGUUCCUUGUCCUGCUAGGGUACCAGCCUGAAAGUUGGAGUCAUGAGAUGGCGUACCUUUUCCCAACCAUUGUCCAGGAGUCGGAGCUGGAGGAGUACUCGGCUUGCCGGGAGGCGCUGGAGGGACUGGCGCAGUUUCUAAAACCGUUCACCGAUCAAGGGUUCCUGCACGCAACUGCCAAUAUUCCCAGACCCAUUCUUAAGAAGUUGACCGGGCUGCUUAGCAAUCAGAUAUUAGAUGGCGAGGGGCGAAUGAAAGCGGUCAAUGCAGCUCAGUCAAUAGCUGAGAGAAUCAUUACAGAAUUACUUAUAAUGCAUCAGAAUCAGCACCAGAUCUCAUCAGCUCUUUGGUCUGCUGUUCGAUGUCGUGGCUGCCAGUUCCUUGGGCCAGUUAUGCAGGAAGAGGCUCUUAAGUUGAUUCUUAAAGCACUCGAGAACCGAAGAUCCCUCUCUCGUAAAACCAUCGUCAUGUAUGUAGUCCAGCAGCUCCAGCCCGACUUUCAAAAUGCAUCUAAGACUAAUAUUGGGCAUGUGGUGCAGCUACUGUAUAGAGCAUCUUGUUUCAAUGUUGAAAAGAGAGCAAACGAUUCCUCCCUCAUGCAACUCAAGGAAGAGUAUUGCACGUAUGAAGCACUGAGACGAGAACACGAUUCUCAGAUUAUAAAGAUAGCCAUGGAGGCUGGGCUGAGGAUAUCACCGGAAACCUGGUCAAGCCAGUUGUACGGGACUACUAACAAUAAAUCUGAAAUGCAGUCGAUAAUAGACAAGUUGGUGUCACUUGGUGUCGGUUCUUCUGGUAUUAGUGAGUUGAUAGUGGCCAUUGGUCGCUCUCAGGAUCAGUAUAAUUUAAACGAGAGACUUGUCAGCCAUCUUGAUGCUCUCCUUCAGAUUGAAAACCCAAUUGGGGAAAGAGAUGAGUCUGAUCCUAUUCCAGUCCCUGCUUGCUCUUGGGAAUUAUGUUCCAAGGCUUUAUCUGAACUGCUAAUAUGCCUACAAGUUUUUACUGACUUCACACAGCAUCUUAGUAAAGAUAGCCCAGAACUGAAUAGCCUUGGGCAGGUUAAGAGUGGUCGGUAUAAGACAGGUAUGUGUCCUUAUCUCAUUAAACCGGGGGGCUGUCCCAGGGGGGCCCUCUGUCCUUACGCCCACACAGAAGAGGAAAGAAAAAAGUAUGUUAACAUGGCUAAACCCAAGUCUCGUCCUAAGCCCCGCCCAGAUAUUCCUCCAACCACGCCCCCUCAAUUACGAGCCCCUACCAUGAGAGGGGACGGAGGUGCCAGUAGUCUCCCCGUUAGACAGUACUCUGGUGAUAUGAGUGAUGGGUCUUUCUCUAGUUUUGAGUCAGCGUCUUUUCCUGGUAAUUCAAGUGCUCUUUAUUCCUCACAUCAUCCUCCUCCUUCACUGACUCACUCUGAUGUGCAGCAACGCUCUGAGGCUUCUUACUUUGUGAGACCAGGUCCUAGUUCAAUCAAUCAUACUGGGUUCUUUCAAGAGGACGUCACUCAAGGUGUAGCGGCUAGUGGAGGCGGAGCCUAUCACUCGCCCCACCCUCCGCCCAUAUCCCAACAAAAAGGAUACCACUCGUUUGAUGGAGGAGAUAUUAACAACAGUGGGAUGUAUACUAGACCACACCCUGGUCCUUACCAGCAACACACUGGUAAAUCAAAUCCCGAGCAGCAGCAAGGCCGGCAUUAUGCUCAUUCAAUCUCGUUGACCACACCCACCACUUCUAGUCACUCCGCCCGCUCGGAAUAUAAUCCAAACAGCAACAGUGAGUCCUCACGAAGUUCCCAGUCUGGCUAUUACUCACAAGAUGGAGAAAUGGGAGGGACUAGUACUUGGAAGUAUAAUAGACCGGAUUCCUCUCUCUCUCAUUCUCCUUCUGGUGGCUCCUCUUUUUCAGACGAGGGAGUUUCCUCAGAGAGAGGGGUACACACCCCUGUUGCCAGGGACGACGGCUCCGGAGACGAGGGUAAACUUGGUGGCACCGUUCCCAAUAAAACAAUGGUGUCUAGGGGAGGCGUGGCUCCAGGCAAAACCACACCCACCAAUUCGAAAUCGUCAAGCGAGAAUAAGAUGGUGGAAGAGUUGACUGCUAAAGUGAAGGAGCUUGAGAUGAAGUUGGAGGAGAAAGAGACUAAGAGAAAUAGGGAGCAGGUGUUGCCCCUCCCUCAUCCUCACCCACCUCCUCCACCUGCUGCUGUUCCUGUGCAUCAUUAUUAUACUCGUCCUCAGAAUGGCGGAGUCAUUUCCGGCGGACAUGUUGUGGGUGGAGUUAUGGCCCGUCCGGUGCAUUUCUCGGGUCAACAGCAUUUCAUGCCGCCUGCACCUUUUUAUGAUCCAUUUAAUGGCGGGUUGCCAAAUCAAGUUUGGUGUCCUCCGAUUGCCGUGUCUCCUCAAACCACGCCCCCUAAUUCUGGGUUACUAGUCCAUCAUCCUCACCCUCCUGCUCCUGCUCCUCCCCCACCUCACAUGGGGCACCAUCCACAACCACCACCACCACCACAUCACCAUCAUCACCUUCAGCCAACAAUGGAUUUCCAAGUACAAAGUGAUGAAUACCUUGCUCACUACCUCACCUUCCAAGAGCAAGCCAAAGCACGUCCUCAUCAAAUAGCCCCAGGGGCCCACCUCCCUCCUCUCCACCCUCCUCCUACUAUGCAUCAGGCCCCGCCUCCUUUGCCCCCUCACAUGUACCCGUUUGACUACAAUCCGAUGAUGACCGCCCACCUCCUGUAGAGAGGGAGGGAAGGAGGGCAGCUGGAAAUAUAGGAGUUAAAAUAAUUAUUAGAAGACAUGUAGUAUACACAUGUGUUUAUUAUUAUUAUUAUUAUUUUAUUACAUUAAAUUAAUUUCAAGUAAUGUUCAGAUUAUUUUUAGGUAGUUGGUAGUUUUUCUCUCUCUCUUUCUUUCUCUCAUUUUCAUUUCUUUAUUAGAGAUUUUAUUUUAUUUUCGAGCCUUUUAGUGUUCCAGUUAUUUUGCUAAAAAUAAUAAUUAUUACUCUUAAAACAAACAUGAUUGUGUCAUGUAGUGUGUAUUAAAAAUAAUAACAAUUAUUAUUAUUAUUUCGAUAAUAAUUAUCUCUCCUCUUUUGUUUGUUGUGCAAUUAUUAAUAA